AGCGGCCGCCAUCUUGUCGACGCGCGGGCGCUUUCGCUCUUGCAAACGAGCCGCGUUUUAUUUUAGUUUCUAGGCUUCCCAUAGCGGCGUCCUCGGAGAACGUUGAGCCGGCGCCGAAAAACGCACCCUCCGCAAAUGGCCGCUCCUGGGUAGAUUGAUUUCUCCUGGUAGAAUGACAGGAAAAAGCCAGACUUUAAGUUUCCAACUCCCAGCUGUUGUACAGCCCACUUCAGUGGAUAGCCACGUAUAUCCAUUUGGGAACAAUCUUAGUUCUGACAGUGAUGUUUUGGAGGAUGAAGUUGAAAUAUAUGAACUGCGACCUCGGGGAAAAGAGAAAACUCGGAGAAGCACUUCGCGAGAAAGAAUGGAUGAUAUUGUAUUUAUAACUAAAGAUAUACAAGAAGGAGAUACACUAAAUGCAUUAGCUCUUCAAUAUAGUUGUUCAGUAGCAGAUAUCAAACGGGUGAACAAUCUUAUCACAGAUCAGGACUUCUUUGCAUUAAGAACUAUUAAAAUUCCAGUUAAAAAGUUCAGCCUUCUGACGGAGACACACUGUUUUCCAAAAAAUAGACAGAAUUCAAGAUCUGCCGCCUCUUCAUAUUCCGCAGAAUUCUCAGAUUCAUCACUAGCACCUGAGUUAUUCUCAUCUACUGAAACAGCUGGUAACUUUUUGAAAGAAGUGGACCGUGAUAUAGAGCAAAUAGUGAAGUGUAAUGCUACCAAAAGAGAAAAUCUUAAUGAAGUUGUUUCUGCUUUAUCAACCCAACAAUUGAACUUUGAACCAGAUGGUAAACCCAUCAGACAGAAAGAUCCUUAUUAUGGUGCAGACUGGGGAAUUGGAUGGUGGACAGCAGUGGUAAUAAUGGUGGUAGUAGGCAUUAUAACACCUGUUUUUUAUCUUUUAUAUUAUGAAGUUUUGGUCAAAGUGGAUGUCAGUCAUCAUUCUACAGUGGAAUAUUCAUUAGUUGCACCAUCUCAGUCAAAGCCAUUAGAAAAUGAGAUAAAGCAGCCUAUUUCAUGAGGAUUAAGUUUUGGUUUUACAUCCUAAAUGUCAGCUAUCUUGCUGUGUAUUCUGCAAAGAAGUAUGAACAUGUUCUGAGUGGAACUGUAAAGUGGCUAUCUCUGAUGGUAAUAUACUGUGUUUGUGAAAAGUUGUCAAUAUAUUGAAAAAUUAAAAGUUUAUCUGGCUCUGCCAAAAUAU